UUCCGGUGGCUCGUCCUCGAACGACCUCGCGUCCCUCGCGAUAUUCGCGAGCGAGUGGAUCAGUGGACUCGUCUUGAAUGCGGGCUGGGCCAAUCAAACCCCUACUUCGUGAUGGCGUCUCGUGACAUCCGCCAAUCACCGUGGAGGUUUUAUCCGACGCCAGCGCGAAUUCGCGUGAUUACGUACUUCGGGUGCGCCAUAUUUUUGUUCCGCGCGCUUUGCUGUGCUUUUCGGCGGAUCAGUUAUGGCGGAUGUAUUUUUCUCCCGCGGCGAAUGAGUUUUGUUGGAUCGAGAUUGACGAAAGUGACGAGCGGAGUUCCAUUGAAUGGAUACAGCGGCGUUGCCAGGAAGUUGCCGGGAAUCAUCGGAACUAGGAUCGUCUGUUCCACUCAACAGUCCAUACCCGGGUCGAGUGAAGGAUUGAAAGGUUAUUGAUGGUAAAGCGUAGCGGCUCGCCGCGGGAAAACAGCCAACGCGUCUCGGACUACUGUUAAGCGAGCUCGCUCGUUAACCCCGGGUCGGUCAGUCAUCACGACUGUCCACCGUCAACGCGAUGUCGGACAAACACGAGUUGCCGAACAUGGCCGAUCGCUGCCGGAUUUGCCUGAUCGACCACGGUUGUAUGACCAGUCUACGUAGCGAGCGUCUGGAGGGCAAGCUCAAGGACCUGACCAAAUGUACAUGCAUCGACAUCAAGUACGAGGAGAAUUUACCUGGAGUCGUGUGUCACGUAUGCCUUUACAAGCUGGAUAUGUGGAGCGAAUUCAAGAAACGAUUUGUACGGUCCAACAAGAUUCUCUUGGAACAGUUAGAGAUGUCAGAAGUGUCUGACAACACCAUAAGCAGUCUCGUUAAGGAUUCUUCCAGGAAUGAAAAUUGUAUGACGAAGGAGGUAGAAAAGAAACGUAAAAGUGGUGAAGAUAACAUUUCUGAUAUUGAGAAGAAAAAAUCAAGGUUAGAAGGGUCUUCAGAAGUUACGAAUACAACAGACCAAAUGAUGUUAGACGUAAUAAGUCUAUCGUCGGAUAAUAAUGAAUGUACAUUAAAUACAUCUACACCAAAGAAGAAUGCAAAAAAUAUUGAGGAAUAUGCAAAUAAUAAAACGUACUCUGUCCCAAUGAGGGCUAGAUUGUUACCCGCAAGACGCGGUAGAAAUAUUGAACGGAGGAAAGCUUCUACAAGACGUUGGGUAGAGAGAAAGAAAGCACUUAUAGCAGCAACAGGGGAGAACUUAUCCGAUACGGAUUCCAUAGCUUCCGACGACGUGCAAUUAUCGCCCGUGCAGAAGGCUCGUGCAAAGAACAAUGCGGACAAGGAGACGGAGAAGCAGAAGAAAAUUUCAAGAGUGCUAAAAAAUUUAGAAACUAAUCUCGCGGAAAAGUAUAUCGCGUUUCGUGACAAAGACACGGAUUCUGAAACGCGUAGAACGAGAUCGAUCAGCAAGGAAUCUUAUUCAAGUACUUCGCAAUUGAGCAACAAGAAUUUGUUAUUGAAUCAAGUUGGUAAGAAAAAUGUUGCUAAAAGAACUGGAUUCUCUCUAACCAGUUCGAUGAAAAAGGAAAAGUCUUUAUUAAUGAAUGGCGCAGGGAAAUCCAAGAUACAAGAUGAAACUUUUAUGCCUCACUCAGUGAAAUCCGAGCUAAUAGUCGGUGACACCACGUAUGCUGUAACGUCAACCUUGAUUCUCGUGGACCCAUCAAAUACUAACGAAGGAUUUAAUAAUUUAACGAAGGAGCCUUUUAAGAACUUUAGCGCUGACGAGAGCAAUCAGGAGAAGAACACCGAUAUCAUCGACGCAGUUCAGCUGCGUAGAAUAAAUCCUGUGACACCUAAUGCAAACAAUAAGCCUAACGGCAAGUUUGUCGAAAGAUGUUUGAAUAUUGAGGUAGAGGGUAGUGAAUUGGAUGUUUUGAAACGCGUACAAUCUGAAUUGGCGAAUUUCGUCGAGAGGGAGAUGAAGCACAAGUUAUUUAAGGGCGAUGGCACGAAAAUCGACAAAAUGGAUAGCAUCAAAUCGAAUAGCGUUACCUACCUGCAUCAAAAACUCGACCAGAAGUUGAAAGAUAUAGUAGAAAUAGCUAUAAAGAAAAAUAUCGAAGCUUCUGUGGGGAAUAACGCAGGCGGUCAGAGAUCCAUAAGGUUUUCGCCAACGUCAGUGAAAUCUGCUAUGAAAUCACUUAAAUAUCAACCAAAGGUCUUGAUAAAACGUUUGGACAUAGCAAAAGAGAGUAAGCAUUAUAACAUUAAUAACGCUAGCAUAUUGACUAGGCCAAAGCGCAAACUCGCCGGACCGUACAGCGUGAUCACUCGUCACAAACGUCACAGUGUACCUCCAGCAAGGUUUGGCGAUUUCAACACCACCCUAUUGGACUCUGAUGCUAAUUCGUCAGAUGAAGAUAAGAUUCAGAAGACGCCCAAAGUGACCAAUUCGAAAGCACCCAAUUCAACGACGAGACAGUCAACGAAUCUUACUAGCAAACCGUCGGAAAAGAAACAAGACGAACAGAAGGCUAAUUGUGAAGAGGCUAACAAAAUUGAGGAUGCUAUAAUUGAAAAUCACAUAUGUGGGGUAUGCGGACGUACGUUCCAUUCUCGCAGGGAUGUCGAGGUGCACGUUCGCAUUCACAAAGUAUCGAACACCGCCCUCACGCAGGUGCAACAAAAUGUGCAACAAAAUGUGCAACAAAAUGAGAACACGAUCACGCCGCCGAAGACUCGACAGAGCAAACAGAAGAUGAUGCGCUGCAAGAGAUGUCACGAAAUAGUCGAGGCGUGUCUUGUGAAGACACACGUGUGCAAAACACCUCUUCACAAGUGUUACGUUUGCGACUCCAUGUUCCGCACGAAAAAUCUUCUUGCGAAACACUUGGAGAGCCAUGAUAAUUCCGAAUUCAACAUAAUAAACGCAAUCGGGAACAAAUUUAAUAAUGCAGGCGCAAAGGUGAAAGUUCAAUCGCAGAAGAAUCAAGCCCAGGAGAUUGAAACUGUAACAAAAACCCAAUUUGUAACAAAAACUGCGACAAAAACUCCAAGCGAGAAGAAUGACAUCCAGUCCGAUAAGAUAACUAGUACGGGUGUAAAGCUAGAUAACGCUGAAAAUACUGUAAAAAAGCCUAAGGAAACAUACACUUGUUUUGUGUGUGAUAAAAUUUUCACUGAUGAGGAGAUACUGAAGGAUCACUUACAAAAGCACUGUGACGAUCUGAGCGAAGGGGAACAAAGUAAUAAUAAGGAACAGUACCAAUGUGCCAUUUGCGGCAAGACUCUGGAAUCGGAUCAAGCGUUAGAAGAGCACGUCGGCAAACACCUGUUCGACGAUGAGGAUGACAAUCCUAAUCUAAUCAGCAUAGACCAGAGCAAUGAGAACAACAAUAAGUCAAAGGAAACUGAGACAUAUCUAUGUGGCCAAUGUUCAGAGUCGUUUAAGUCAGAAAUGUUGCUAGAAAUGCACAUGCAAGAACACGAGGAAGAAAUUGCAAUAGCAGAAUGGGAGAAACAAGGGAUGAAGAACUAUCAGUAUCAAUGUAUGCUUUGCGAAGAAUUGUUCAAUUCGGAAGAGGAACUGGCGCAACAUGUGGAGAUACAUAACACAAAUGCGCAUGUAUGUCAGCUGUGUGACAAACCAUUUUGUACACUAGAGGAUCUACAAGAACACGUCGCGACUCAUUGAUGUUAUAUUAAUAUUCAACAUUUUAUGGACACUAAUAGGUAUUACGAAAUAUCUUUGGAAUGAUUAUGACAAGCAAAUAAUCUAUUUUAAGUUUGUUGUCAUGAUUGCUAUGAAAUCUGUCCAGUAACAACUGGUUAUAGAAAUAGAAUAAGUAGAUAUAUAAAUUAUCUAUAUGAAAUGUAGAGGUAAUUUAUAUAUCCGCUGCUAUACAUUUUAAGUAAAAUUUGUCAAGUUUAGUUCUUCCUUAUUUACGUGCAUAAAUGAUUAUAUAUAGAAAUUAAUUUAUAAAACAAUACGCGCGCUGCUUAUACGUGCGUUUGUAAUUAAAUUUAAAAAUUUUUUAAUAAAUAAAUUACAUUUAUUAUGACAAAUAACGUCAAAAAAAUUCCAUUUUAUUUUAAUUCAAAAUAUCACUAAGAUCAGAUUAUAAGUUCUUUUAUUUAAAAGCUUUUUGGACAUAAGUUUUCAAGAUUAUGUUUUAGACUGUGUGUAAUCUAUAUCUGUAUAAGUUAGAAUACAUAUGUUAUAUCUUCUAAACUAUAUAUUCUGAAAAUAUAUAUUUUUCAUUGUAUGUUUUCUUACGAAUGUAAGAAAAAAAGAGGAGAGGGAAAACAUACGAAGAAAACAAUUUUUAUGCCUAUCACUUAUUACUUUAUCGAUGCUUAAUAAAUACAUGAUGUUGAGCUUUUGUUAAUGUGAAUACAUAUUGUAAAUAUAUAGCAUGGAAUGUAAGUUGCCUAAGUUGUCAAAUUUAUACGAAAUUAAUAUCUCAAUGGGAAUAAAAUUCUCAAAUAUAAAUACGAUAAUAAAUUCUAACUGUAUAUGCAGAAUGAAUUUUUUUCAUAAACUAGGGCUUUUCUCUUGGAAAAUAUCGUUCGCGUGAAUGAAGAAAAUCAUUCGGUUUUUUUCUUUAAAAAACUUUUCAAAACACUUUAUAAGUAUUAUGUGGAUGAGGAAAAAAAAUAUUUUUAAUAAAUAUCCAUUUAACAUAUGUUUGUACAACCGUGUAAUACUGUAUACUUGAUAUCUUAUCGAAACUCUGUUAAAUAUAUGACUUAAUGCAUAAAUAAGGGAAUGUUACAAUAUUUACUAUUAAGAAGAUACUAGACUUCUCUAAUGUCUAUGUAGUUAGCAAUAAAUAUGCAUAAGAAUCCAA